ACAUCAUCUGCCAACUGGUAACCGAUGUGACGUUCUUCAUAAUACAACCCAGGCCCAAAUUGCCUGACAAGUACAAAAAAGUGUUACUUAUUCAAGUUUAUUUUAAGUGAAUAUUUAUUUCUUUAAUUUUAAUUAAAUAAUAGUCUAAACAAAUUUCAAAAUAACGUCAUGUUUAUUUGGGACUGGUUUACUGGUGUUUUAGGUUAUUUAGGUCUAUGGAAGAAAUCAGGUAAACUCCUGUUUCUUGGACUGGAUAAUGCAGGAAAAACAACUCUAUUACAUAUGCUUAAAGAUGAUCGCCUUGCACAGCAUGUACCAACGUUGCAUCCUACAUCCGAAGAAUUAUCAAUUGGAAAUAUGAGAUUUACCACAUUUGAUUUAGGCGGUCACACACAAGCUCGAAGAGUAUGGAAAGAUUAUUUUCCAGCUGUAGAUGCAAUUGUAUUUUUAGUAGAUGCACAUGAUCGAGGUCGUUUCAAAGAAAGUAAAGACGAAUUAGAUUCUUUAUUAACAGAUGAAACAUUAUCAAAUUGUCCCGUAUUAAUAUUGGGUAAUAAAAUAGAUAAACCAGGAGCAGCUUCUGAAGAUGAACUACGAAAUUAUUUCUCGUUGUAUGGUCAGACAACUGGAAAGGGUAAAGUUCCUAGAGGUGAUUUACCCGGACGUCCACUUGAACUGUUUAUGUGUUCAGUUUUAAAAAGACAAGGUUAUGGUGAAGGUUUCCGUUGGUUGGCUCAAUAUAUUGACUGAAAUAAAUUAAAACCACAAAAUACGAAACAAUUUAUUU